AGAUUGGGUAGUCCAUCAUUGAGAAUGGGCGAAUUUUCACGAAUCUCCAGCAAACACUAUAGCUGGACUGUCUUAGAAUUGCUACUAGUAGCAUUCACUUGCACUUUCCUCAUCUGGUGCGCCCAGUGUCUCUGGAGAAGAAGAAAGUUAUACAAAUCUGCCAGCCAGGUACCUGGACCUUUCGCUCUACCUUUCAUAGGAUGUGCAUUAUAUUUCCUCGGUAGCCCUUAUGAUAUAUUCUCUUCUAUAAUGAUGAUGUUCAACAAGUAUCCAAGAAUAUUCAAAGUGUGGUUUGGUCCUCGAUUAUUCUAUGCCAUUUCCGAUCCGAAGUAUUUCGAAAUUCUUCUUCCUACUUGCCUAAGAAAGGAACCUUUAUACGACAAGGCAAGGAUGAUUGUUGGCGACGGGUUGUUCACUGCAUUAGUGCCUAAAUGGAAGAAGAACAGAAAAAUGAUAGCGCCGACGUUCAAUCAGAAAAUUUUGGAUAAUUUUGUGGAAAUAUUCAACGAGCAAGCAGAAAUGUUAGUUCAGCAAUUACAGAAAUAUUGUGGAAAGGGAGAAUUUGAUGUAUUUCAUGUUAUCUCGAAGUGUACUCUAGACACAAUUUGUGAGUCAGCUAUGGGAGUGAAAGUAAAUGCCCAAACAAAAAAUGCUGAGUACACAAAAUGGGCAGACAGGAUAAUGGAAAUAAUAUUUCUCCGGAUAUUCGUUUUUUGGUACCAUUAUGACAACAUUUUCCAUAUGACAAAUUUAUCGAAGGAAUGUCAGGAGAUAAUAAGAAAUAUGAAAGGAUUCUCUGGGAAGGUGGUUCGUGAGAAGAAAAAAGCUUUUGAGGAUAAGUUAAAGGACAUAGAAUAUUCGAAUAAUGGAUAUUUUGAUAAUGAACCAAUGAAGAGAAAGGCUUUCCUUGACUACCUAAUAGAAAUAAGAAAUGACGAAAAGAAGGGUUUGAGUGAAGAAGAACUCGAAGAUGAAGUGAAUACUUUCAUAAUUGCUGGGUCGGACACCACUGCCAGCACAAUCUGUUUUGCUUUCACAAUGUUGGGCCUACACCAAGACCUGCAGGAAAAGGUUUAUAACGAAAUAACCGAAAUCAUUGGACAUGACCGUCCAGUAGACCCAAGCGACUUGCCCAAAUUGAAGUACACCGAAAGGUUCAUUAAAGAAACUCUUCGGUUAUUUCCAAUAGCAGGAAUUAUUGUGAGAGCUGUAGAUGAAGAUGUGGAUAUUGGUGAUUACAUUAUCCCUUCUGGGUGCUCGGUCGUGUUUGGAAUAUUGAGAAUACAAACGGAUGAGAAAUAUUGGCCAAAUCCUUUCAAAUUCGAUCCAGAUAGGUUCCUUCCAGAUGAAACUGCAAAGAGACAUCCAUGUACCUUUGUUCCUUUCUCAUACGGUCCCCGGAACUGUAUUGGUCCGAGAUAUGCAAUGAUGGUAAUGAAGACAAUAUUAUCCCAUGUUUUGAGAAGAUACAAGAUUCACACCUCUUACCAAAGUGUCAAAGAUAUUUCUUUGAAAGCAAAUUUAGUUUUGAGACCCAAGGAUGGUUAUAAAGUUUUCAUUGAACUCAGAAAAGAUUAA